UUUAGAAUAAAAUGACUGUCAAAUCCGCUAAAAUUAUGGAAGUAACAGCUAAUCGUAUCGUCAGUUCGAGUAUUUAAAUUACACGACACAUGAGCAGCACACAAAAACUUUCCAUUUUCAUGUGCAUGAUGGCGUACCUUUGUGUCUGUUUCGGUAAAAACUUCAUCGCAAAGGCCGCACUUAUCAGCGUUUUGAAAUUCGCGUUGCUGACGUUCACUUAAAUGCUCCAUCGGAAUUUCACAUUUUAUAUCUGCACUCAAUAAAUCGCCCAGUUCGAUUAUUUCCUUGAGAAAUUUCUCCAUGAUCUUUUCAUUGAUAUUACUCGAUCUAUAGAGUACUGGGCCGUACGCGAUAUCUCCAUUCACAUCAAUUACAACGAAACAAUACCCGCACGGAAUAUGACGCGCCGUUUUCUUGGUGUAACUUCUGGUAAUAGGUACAUCCUCAGAUUCAUUACCAUCCAUAUUCACAACAAAUGUUUCCAAAUCCGCGUAGAUUGUAUACUUUUUCUUCAAAGUCGAACCGAGUUUUCUAAAUUUGAUUGUCUCACCACGUUUUGGGUAUGAAGUUCUCUGAGACUGGAACUUUGAACAAAGCUCUAGAUGUCUCAUCAAAUUUGCUUUCCCAUCCCGGUUUACUCUUUUGUCUGAUGUAAAUCUGUGAAAACAGAAAUUACAAACAUCUACUUGAUGAGCAUUUUUCGAAAGGUGAGAAAGAAGACGCGACAAUCCGUUUUUCCCGUUCGCGGUGUUAAUUAAACAAAAAUGAGUUUUUCCUGCAUCGCCUUUCAACAUUAAAAGAUUAAUUUGGUAUUUACGCGUACGGAAUAUGCUUGUUCGAUAGGGGAAAAACUUUUUGUUGUCAUACGCGAUAACAUGAAUUGCGAUGUCUGUAUUGAGAAUUUCAAAUUUCUUUAUGUCGCGAUCGGUGGUUGGGAAAUUAACUCCGCGAGUGUUCAGCCUGUGAGCAAAUUUGCUCAAAUAUUUCACCGUUAAGUGACUGUUAUUCGGUUUCUGGUGAAAAUAGGCUAGAACACUCCACAGAAAACACUUUUUAUCAGAAAGAUUUUUGAUAUUGAUAACACAUUUCUUAUUGUUGAUGAACUGGGGUGUUUGAAUAUAACUGCUUGUGUAUAUUGGAUUAUAUCUAAUCACAUUUACAUCAAGCGAGUCGAUCUUCUUCAACACCCACCCACUCCCAAAUCGAACAAAGUUAUCGAAUGAACUUAAAAUUUUCCUAACUGCUAACAUAAAUUGUUCAUUCAAUUCGUCAUAACUCUCCAAGACAUUCAUGCCUAUGGCCGAGUAGCUAUGAAGAUUCACAAUGGAUGAAACAGCUUCGGAUUCCUCUGAUUCUAAAACUACCAUCUUAUACAAUAAUACAUUUAAUACUAAAAACCAUUUAACAUUUCCUUCGAAACGUGCAGCGUGUUCUCUUAUUAUCUCGAAAACACGAGCUUUCGAGUUUUGAAGCACAUUUUCAAUGUCAGGUGCUACGUUUUCGAAGGAAAUGCGAUGGCGAAUUGCUCGCGAACUCACGCCUCCAACCCUGUGUUCUCUGCUAUGCUCCAUCUCUGCUACUAGCGGGUUACUGAAAACAAACAAAGAAUAUAUUACUAUGGCACAGAAUUAGAUAUAAAAACAAGUAAACAUUAAUCUAAAAAUCAGUUGUGAUUUAACAAGCUGCAAGUACAGUGCAAAAAAUGCUAUCACAGGAUCAGAUUUUCAUGCACGAACGAUUGAGGUUAUUAACAUUUGAUAAUCGUUGGAAAUUAGAAUCGAGUCUGUUGUCACCUCAAAAUAUGGCUAAACAGGGUUUUAAAUUUGUGCGAGCACCUGACGUUGUUCAAUGUGUGUUUUGUUCAGUAUAUUUAGAAAAUUGGUUGGCAACAGACGAUCCUAGUAAGGAACAUGAACGAUGUAGUCCAAAUUGUGGAUGGCGCAAAGAAGAUAAUAUUUCAUGUGAAGAGGAGAAUUUCGAUAAUAAUAUUCUACGACAAUAUGAAGAACGAGUUUUAACUUUCCAUCGUCCAGAACCAUUCAAGCUCUCGGUAUUUAUUAAUAGAGCAGACUAUUUUGCAAUAAAUGGAUACUUUUUGCAUGAGAAAUCAUAUCUGCAAUGUGUAUAUUGCAAAUAUAUUAUUGAAAAUCCUUAUGAAAAAGUGAUACAUGUUCCAUUUUGUAUAUAUAAAAAGAUGAGCUAUAAUGGAAAAGAAACGACAAAUGAUGAAAAAGAAGAUGCUGUGGGAAAACAAGCUGGAUAUUGUACAAUAUGCACUCUGUUGUAAUCGAGAUAUUAGUGAUUCCUAAGUGCAUUGUAGUAGUAUCAGGAAAGAAGUAACUUCUGAAAAAUCAUGAUUAGAAAAAUAAAGAAUUGUAUCAUACUUACAUGCAAUGAAUGAUGUGCUGUACUGUCUCUCUCUCUCUCUGCUUACACUAGUUCUUCAUACGUCUUUCCUCCUCGAAGACUGGAGUGAUUAUGCAGUCUCGAACUCUGUGAAAUCAACGAACAUAAUGAAAAUCACAAUAAUAUUGAGAAGAAAUUUAGCAAGUCAACAUGUGAUGUUAAUUAUGAAAAUUAAUGAGGAGAUUACAUUCGAAAUAUUGUUAUUCGAGAUAUGUGGAAGUGAGAAUUCGAGUGCAUUGUGAGAAUUUGAUAUUUUUUCUCUGAAUGCAACUUGCUGUACGUGUAAGAAUGCAUUUGUAUGUCAAGGAUGUGACAAGCGGGAAAAUGCACUAUCUCUCACUCAUCCUAAAACAGAGAGAGAGGAACGAAUGAGUAUAUAAGCGGCGGUCAUUGGAUUUGCCAGCUUCAUUCGACCACUAGUCACGUUUCACACAUAUCCUCGCUAUCAUCAUCAUGGAGUCCACACGUGAGCAGUACAUCCUUCCGGAUACACCUCCUCAACAAGAACCAUCAUUCCCAUCUUACUGGGCAGCGCAAGCUGCGCGGAAGAAGAAGAUUCCUUCUACCAGUGCUGCUCCCCCUGCUGCUGUCGCUGCUGCAUCCGACCCCGAGGAGUCGCCCCUGAAGAGACGUGGAGUCUUCGUGGAGAGAGGGAUGAGCAGCGAUGAGUUCAUUAUACCAGACACACCACCAUCUCAUCUAGGAUGGGCACCAAAGCGUGUGCCACUAACAACAAUUACCACCAACAGGCAGCAGGGGAAGAGAAAGCUGCAAUUUCUGGAGGAAGAGGAGGAAACCAACUUCGUACCCUCAAAGAAACGUAUGUCUGAGAACACCUCCAUGGCUCCGCUACUGGAGGAGGCAGCCGCGCGGGAUGAUGAUGAUGAUGAUGAUGAGGACUUCAUCGCACUCAUCAAUAAGCCAUCACCAAAACCGUGGAUGCCUCUCCGCGAGCUGGCGGAGGAUGUUCCACAUACUAUCAUCUCAGUGCGGGAGGAAACGAACCAUCAUGGCAGACGAAUUAUUUUGAAAAUUAAUAUCGCUUCUACGAAGAAAAUCUCUGAGGUAUACCUGCCUCAGAGAUUUUCUUCAAUAAUUUCACCUUGUAAAGUUGUUAAAUUUAAUUCUAAGUGUAAAAAUUUAGGAAUAGUAGUGAAGCAUAUAACCGCUACAUGGAGCGACAUUAAGAUUGUUAAAAUGUAACAAUCUUAUUCUCAUAGCAUGUAGCGGUUAUAUGCUUCACAAGUAGUAUAUAAUGUAAAUAUUGUAGUGUUUGAU